ACUGUUUGUGUGUCCGUUUGUGUUUCUCAGUACUCUGUGGUGAAGAUCGUAUGGGAGAAGAGGCUGAGGACUGAGGCCUUCACUGACCCUGAGCAGCUCCAGACCUUCCUCAGCCAGCUCCAUGUGUUCCUGGUGGAUGAGAUGCACGUGGCUCUCAACAAGACAAAACACACCUAGUCACCACCUUAGAAGUGUCUGGAGAUGUGUCCACAGAGACAGCAGCAAACCAGCCUUGUGCCAUGUCAUGUUUGUCAUCCAUUGAGUUCUUUCUCUCUCAAUGUUUUCCUUGCUCUCUUAUUUCCCCCUAUCCAGACCCUAUCAGUGGAUGCCCAGGAGAGCCAGCCUCGCCCGCUGCUAGACUGUGCCCAGCUGGGGCACUUUGCCAGGGAGGCUCAGCUGAGAGGAGACUACCAGCUGGCUUCUCAGUACUACCAGGAGACUGUACAGCGGCUGACUCGAGAGCGCAAUAACCCAUCCCACUGGUUUGACUACGGGGCGUUCUACAUGCUGAGGGCUGACUACCUGACGGCUCAGGAGUGCUUCCACUAUGCUGUGUCCGAAGACCAGGCACACCGGGACCUACAUAUAAUAUGCUGUAUUUGCCUUGAAACCUAAGCCUGACUAUACAUGCGUUCCACGCAGGUCUGACUUAUCAGGGGUCUCAGCUGUGUCUCAGGGGAAUGACAGCUGUUGAAGCUUUAAACAAAGC